CCAACGCAUUCCUAAUAAAAGCCGCAGUUGUUUCCAUUGGAUUUCAGUUUGUGGCAAACCACUGGUUGAAUAAUAAGUGAAAUCAUGAAUUUCGCCAUUCUUUAUAUUUUGUCUGCUUUCUGUGUUUUUUACGCGAAAAGCGAUUCCAUAAGUGAAUUUAAGGCUGUAGCAGAUGAGACAACUCAAAAUAUAGUUGAUUAUGAUCGACAGCUUAACACUUGGAUUCUAGUUACGUUAAGUAUUUUAAAAGAUACGACAACAGAAGCUUUAGGUGAAUCAUGGAAAGCUACGUUCAACCUUACAGAUAUCCUCACAGAAAAAUCAAAAACAAAAGAAGAGAAGGAUUGUAUUGCCUCUCAAAAAAGCAAUUUACGACAAAUAAUUGAAGGAGCGGUUUUCAAACUUGACAAGUGUGUCCGGAAUUCUUUGGAGAUUGGUGAACCAACUCGAAAAAACAUUCAAGGGGCACAUCAGGCAUGUAUAAAGAUCCAGGACGACUUGAACCAGCUGAAAAAUACUUGUGGAGCAAAGACUGAAAAGCAAGAAGAAUGUAUUUCUCUUAAAGUAGAUGAACUUAAAUCUUCUCUAAAGGGAAUCCAGGGGCAAGUGGAAAUUUACAACAUUCAAGCGGGCACCAUAAAACCUAGAAUAUUGAGUGACGUGAUGCAUUGCAAUGCAAAGAUUUUGACCGAAAUACACGAGUCAGUAACAAAUAUCCAAGAAACUCUUAAGAAAUGUCUUUAAUUUAAAAUAUAAAUAUUGAAAUAAAGAAAAUUUUAUUAAAAAA